AUGAACAAGAUUCAUUAUUUUGAUGAAUUUUUACAAGAGAUGUUUGCAGAGGAAAAAUUGGAUGGUGUUAUAAUAAAGAGAAAUCUUAGCAAAGAAGAGUUUGAAAAUUUUGAGAACAAAUAUGAGGAAUUUCAAUUUGAAUAUGAACCAAAUGAUGGCUUGUUUAUUAUUUUUCAAAAUUUGACAACAGGUUGUGGACAUUCAACAUGUGUAUCUGCUCUUGCCACUAUUUUCUUUGUUGCUAUCAGUCAUUAUCAAGGAGGUGAUGUAAUAGAUCAAUAUUUUAAAAGUUCAAUUCGUCUUGAAGGUGAUGUAAUACAAAUUUUUUUAUUGCCAUAUAAAAAAUCAUGUGAGCAUAAAAAAGAAGGUCUGCCAAAUUUUAAAAAAUUUAAAACAAAUUUAAUUCAAAAAAAAAUAAAUUAA